AUGAGCCAGGGCCCGAUUGGAAGUGGAGGUUCUUUUCUCUUCUACCUACCUGUUCUGUUCGCAUUAAUUUUGGCUACUUGCACCCAUGCUACAAAGCCAAGUUACUUAAUGCAAUUCAAUCGCAGCAGUUUUCCCGCUAGUUUCCUUUUUGGUUCCGGAUCAGUAGCUUACCAGGUAUGCUCUAUAACAGAAAACCCUUCUCCGGUCGCAUUUGUUUAUGCUUUCCAGUAUGAAGGAGCAGCAAAUGAACAUGGAAGAGGACAAAGCAUAUGGGAAACUUUUGGUAAGGAACAUCAUGAAAAAAUAGCGGAUCAGAGUGCGGGAGAUGUUGCUGUUGAUUUUUAUCAUCGAUACAAGAAGGAUAUAAAGUUGAUGAAGAAACUUGGUUUCGACUCCUUCAGAUUCUCCAUUUCAUGGACCAGAAUUUUACCUAAGGGGAAAAUUAGUGGAGGAGUGAACCAACAAGGGGUCCAAUUUUACAACAACCUCAUCAACAAGCUCCUUGCCAAUGCUCUUGAAGAUGAGCAUGGUGGAUUCGUGAGUCCUAAGAUAGUGCCUGAUUUCGUAGAGUACGCGGAUUUUUGCUUUAAAACAUUUUGGGACCGAGUCAAGCUGUGGGUAACCAUGAAUGAACGCAACGGAUGGAGCAUUAAUGGUUACAAUAGUGGUAGCUUCGCUCCUGGUCGAUGUUCAGGCUACGUAGGAAAUUGUUCUUCUGGUGACUGCGCAACCGAACCCUACGUCGUUGCCCACCACUUGCUUCUUUCCCACGCAGCUGCUGUAAAAUUGUAUAAGCAAAAGUAUCAGGUGAUUUUAAUAGUGACCAAUUGGUAUAAGCCAAUAUCUAAUACUGCUACAAACCGCAUGGCCACUUCCAGAGCCCUAGACUUCUUUCUCGGAUGGUUUGUACGUCCCAUAACUUUUGGUGACUAUCCGAAGAGCAUGCGAUCAGCGGUGGGAAGUGGACUUCCCAAAUUCAGUGUACCUCAGUCCAAGAUGCUAAAAGGGUCCCUCGACCCUCUUGGUGUCAAUUACUACAUCACAAAUUAUGUAGAAAAUGCUCCUUCGUCCGACAAAGUCAACCUUAGUUAUACUGAUAAUAGAAGAAUCAAGCUUACAACUGAAAGGAAGAGAGUUUCCAUUGGCUUACCGACGGCUUUGAUGUGGCUUUUCAUUUAUCCUAAGGGAUUGCGAGAGCUUUUAUUUUAUAUAAAGGAGAAUUACAGCAAUCCACCCAUUUACAUUACUGAGAAUGGAGUGGCUGAUGCAAACAAUGCCUCGUUGCCAAUUAAAGAUGCGCUUAAGGAUAAUGUGAGGAUAAGAUACCUUUAUGGCCACCUCACCUAUCUUUUAAAAGCAAUCAAGGAGGGUGCUGAUGUCAAGGCUUAUUAUGUGUGGACAUUUUUGGAUGACUUUGAAUGGGAUGCUGGACAUACCGUCAGAUUUGGCCUCACAUACAUUGAUUUCAAGAAUAAUUUGAAAAGAUACCUCAAAUAUUCAGCCUAUUGGCUCAAGAUGUUCCUCCUUAAGUAA